AUGCAAGGCAGCGCCGGCAGCUUUGUCGCAUGUUCUGAGAAGAGGAUGAGUAGGAGGCAGCACUGCCGGAAGGUGCAGGGCAGUGCCGGCAGCUAUGUCACAUGUUCUGAGAGGAGGAUGAGUAGGAGGCAGCACUGCUGGAAGGUGCAGGGCAGUGCCGGCAGCGAUGUUGGAUAUUCGAGAAGAGGAGAAGUAGAAGGCAGCACGCUGGAAGAUGCAAGGCAGCGCCGACAGCUAUGUCGCAUGUUCUGA